GCUAUGCCUACGCCAAGCAUGUGUUCAUCAUCGAUGAAUACAAGACCUCCAAGGUGGACCUGCUACAACUGCGGGUGUCAGGAGAUGGCCAUCAAGCGGCUUGGGGGGCUGAAGGAGGGGCAGCGGCCCUGGUCGGUCAAAGUCUGCAACGACUGCUUGACGACCUGGAACCGCGACGUCUCCGCCGCCAACGUGAUCCGUGUGCUCCUCCUGCUGAAGCUGAUGGGCUUCGAGCGGCCGACCAAGCUGCAGCGGCCACCAUGGCCGCCGGCGGCGGCGGGGCCGGGCUGAGAGCCUGAACGGCGCUAGCAGGGCGUGGAGCUGAGGGUGCACGUGUUGAUUGGCGGCGAGUGACGUGACUAGUUUGUUAGCUGCGGGUUAGCACGGACUGUGCACCCCACCCAACCGGCCACGUCCGGAUUUGCGGGGAUGCCAAAGGCCCCCAACAUAGAGGCGUGUGCUUAGUAGGCGCCCGCGUCAAGGUGGCUGGGUUGAUAACGACCCGGGAUCAGCCCUUUUCCUGCCAUAAGGCAGCCACCUCCUUGUUUGGAUCCGUUGAGUAUACAGAGGUUGUGGUCCGAAACGCUGGGAGAAGGUCGGUACGUGUUGGCUUGCCCCUUCCCCCGAAGGGGGAGGGGCAAUAGCCAUUGCGGUCGCAUCGAGCUCGCCGCGGGGGGCCCUCCCGGUUAUUCCAGUUUUGACUUGAGUUAUAACCUUGAAACCCGAGCGCAGCGAAAUGUGUCGUGCAAAUAAUGCGCCUUUCUAUGUAUGUAUUGCAAAGCGUAACAUUAUGAAAACGCAUGCCAGAGCGGGGUAAACGCACAAGCGCAGCGUUUGCAUUAGAGCUCCAGCGCAACAUGCAAUAUAUCACAAAUUGUAUCGAUAAUCAAGGCUCCCGGCACGGAAGGACGCAAGACGGAGGAAUCGACGCGUUGGAGGAUCCUGGAAAUUGC